AUGAAGUCGCUUCACCAAUUCGCUCGCCGACAGGCACUGACCGGGCUCUCAAUGCCCCGUGUUCUCUCAUCACAGAACGUUACCGCCAGCCGGACAUGGCAGAGAACUUUCAGCGCCUCCAUGGCAGCCGCCUCCCAGCUCCCAGGUCUUGACCCUUCCAAAUUGACCAUCACCAAGACCACCACCCCUAAGGAGCUAAAGGAAUCAAAGGAUCUUGUUUUUGGAAAGUACUUCACAGAUCACAUGCUCUCCGUGGAGUGGACAGCUACCGACGGAUGGCACGCACCUCGCAUUAUCCCCUACCAGAACCUCAGCUUGGAUCCUGCGACCUGUGUGUUCCACUACGCAUUUGAAUGCUUCGAGGGCAUGAAGGCGUACAAGGACAGCACCGGUGGCAUCCGUCUGUUCCGCCCCAAUAAGAACAUGGAACGCCUGAACAAGUCUUCGGCGCGCAUUGCCCUUCCUACUAUUGAUGGUGACGCCCUGACAAAGAUUAUUGGAGAAUUGGUGAAGCUCGAUAGUCGGUUUAUUCCUGACGCUCGCGGCUACUCCUUGUACCUGCGCCCUACCAUGAUUGGUACCCAGAAGACCCUGGGAGUUGGCCCACCAGGAUCCGCUCUUCUGUAUGUGAUUGCCAGUCCCGUGGGUCCCUACUACCCAACUGGCUUCAAGGCCAUCUCCCUGGAGGCCACUGAUUACGCCGUCCGCGCCUGGCCCGGCGGUGUUGGUGACAAGAAGCUUGGAGCCAACUACGCUCCCUGCAUUCUGCCUCAACUCGAGGCCGCAUCCCGUGGUUUCCAGCAGAACCUGUGGCUCUUCGGCGAGGAGGAAUAUGUUACCGAGGUCGGCACCAUGAACCUUUUCAUUGCUUUGAAGAACAAGGAGACCGGAGAGAAGGAGCUUAUCACUGCUCCUCUUGACGGUACAAUCUUGGAGGGCGUCACUCGUGACUCCGUUCUGAGUCUCGCCCGUGAGAGACUCGGUCCCAAGGGCUGGAAGAUUUGCGAGCGCAAGAUUCGCAUGUCCGAGGUUGCCGAGGCAGCCGAGGAGGGCCGCAUGAUCGAGGUCUUCGGUUCUGGUACUGCUGCCAUCGUCAGCCCUGUUCGUAACAUCAGUUACAGAGGUAAGACGGUUGACUGUGGUUUGAAGGCGGAUGAGGAGGCUGGUGAGAUUGCUCUCCAGAUGAAGAACUGGAUGGAGGGUAUCCAAUACGGUGACGAGAAGCACGAAUGGAGUGUCGCGCUCUAG